UCCCUCCGACCGCCAUGCUUCCCGAGUUGCAAAGGACGCUGAAUGCCGUCAAGCCUGCCAUUCGACGAUAUCGUCCCGCCUCCAGUAGGCCAGCAACCGUAGCUCCUCCCCUCAACCAUACCUGGCUGUCUCCGCACUGUACACGGACAUUUGCGUCCAAGUCUCACGAGAACAAAGGGCAGGAGACUGAGGACUUCCUCUCCCCCAAGCACUCAACAUGGGAUUCCGUCUUCGCUGACCUUCCUCAAAUGUCGCGACCAAACCCCCUCGGUCGUCACCCUCGUCCGGGCCAGCGUCCCCGUCGCCGACAAGCGAUGACCGCACGCGAGAUCAGUGCCUUCGACGAGAUGUUCGACAUGAUCUUUGACGCCGUCUCCGAGAAGCAGCACAAGACGGACGCGACGGAGGUCGCCAUUGGCAGGCGCGGUGCUGACGAGAUCUUCGGGAAGUUGCGGCUCGACUCCAAGAAGCUUAAGUUCACGAACGAGUCCUCGGAGGACCUCGACCGCAAGCUGGAGGCGAUGGAGUUGUGCGACACCGACCAGCAGCUCCUUGAGUGGGCCAUGCGCGAGGUCUUCGGCGAGUCGGAGCGCUUGGAGGCGGAGUCGAGGAAGGCUAUCGAUGACGGUGGCGACUCUCAAGUUCCCGCCCGCAACGACCUCCCCAUGCUCCAGUCUCCCGCCUACCCCCACCUCGUCGCGCGCCUCAUGCGCAACUUCCGCGAGAAGUACGCCGACCCGCACCUCGCGCUAUCUAUCUUCGACUACGCGAAGAAUCUCUCCAUGGCCUCCUACGUCUUUGGCUGCGGCACCCUCGCAUACAACGAGCUCCUCGAGACGCGGUGGAAGUGCUUCCGCGAUCUCCGCGGCGUCGUGGAGGCGAUGGAGGAGAUGAAGGUCAACGGCGUCGUCCCGAACUCGCAGACGCGGCAAAUCGUCGAGCGGAUACGGGCGGAGGUCGGCAGUCGGUCUCUCUUCUUGGACGACGAUGUCCCGGCCGCGGAGAUUGCGGGCAUCCUGCACAGGAUAGAAAAGCUGGCGAGCUAUGGCGCGAAGGACUGGAAAGGGAAGGCGGACCAUCUCGGUGGUGACGAGGGCUUUGGAGACUGGGAAAAUGUGCAGAAGGAUAGGGUAUGACGCCGGUGCGCCAUAUCACGUAGUACUAUACGCCGCUUGUUAAUGAUACUAGGAGUAGACUUGCCCAUAAUCGACGCCACAUACUCACAGA